AUGGGAUCUCCAAAAUUUCUGACGCUGGCAAAAGGAUUGGCGCCAAAUUUUCUGCGAGUUGGUGGAACCGACUGUGAUUUUUUGAUUUAUUAUAUGAGUAGUGCAAGCGCCACGGUAGAGAAAUUUCACAGUGUGACGGUGCUUGAAUCAUUACGACCAAUGUUGAUAAAUGUUAUUAAUCUAUGUAAAAGAUUUAUACCUACAAAACAAGUCUGGUUGGGUGAAACGUCAUCAUCUUAUGGUGGGGGUGCUCAUGAAAUAUCAGAUAGAUAUGUAGCUAGUUUUCUGUGGUUAGAUAAACUCGGCCUCUCAUCAGUAUUGGGAAUCCAAGGUGUACUACGUCAGACUUUUUAUGGUGGAAAUUACGGGUUAAUAAAUUCGAAUCUCGAUCCAAAUCCAGACUACUGGUUAACAUUGUUAUUUAAAAGACUGGUAGCAAGUCCUGUUUUCACAGUUCCACAACCUCCAAAUCCAGAUUUAAGAAUAUAUGCCCAUUGUACCAAUACUAACAGCUCAAUGGGUUACACAAAAGGUAGUGUAACGCUAUAUUUGUUGAAUCUAGGUAACAUGACUUUACCUGUAGAUGUUCCUGAUAUGGUGAACAAAACACAUCAUAUCUAUAUGUUUUCACCUGGUGAUGACAGUGGACUCACAUCAAAAUCAAUAAAACUGAAUGGAGUUGUUCUAGCUUUGGCAAAUGAGAAUGAGUUACCUCCCCUAGAACCUGUGAUCGGUCAAGACAACAUUCAAGUGGAUGCCUAUAACAUGGGAUAUAUUGUUUUUCCUGGUGCUAUGAGACCAGAAUGUGUCUAACGAAUUAUAUAGACUCCAGCAUAAAAUGGUGAAUUAU